GAGUCGAAUGAAAACCGAGCUCUGUGCCACAUCUUCCACUAAAUGAUAAAGCUGUUACACCGGGAACUCGAGGCUGGACCGACUUAAUAAGAACCUAGCUUAAAGAAUACGACAUUCACGCGUUACUGGUAAAACUCCAUAUCUUUGUUUUUUCUUCAGGAAAGUGUCAAACGACCGUCAGUAUCUUAAAUUAUUCUCGUGUUGGAUUCUACAGAGUUGUAUCGGUAGGAGGAGGUGUUAAGUUAGACUAGCGCAAGUUAACGGUUAAGUUUGGCUGCUGGUAACGCCUGUGAAGUGGGAGAGUGGACUCUCUCAUAACUAAACAUUACUCCUAAAAGAGGAGCAGAGGAAGCCGAGCAGCCAUUUGGAGAGUAAAAACAAAGGGAGAGUGAAGAAGUGAAAGGAGAAGCUAGAGAGACACCAGCCCACAGUGAUCUGCUCAACCUGAGAGAGAGUUAGUGUACUGUGUCAUGGGGAAACAGAACAGCAAGCUGCGUCCUGAGGUCCUCAACGACCUGAGAGAGAACACAGAGUUCACUGAUCAUGAGCUGCAGGAGUGGUACCGUGGCUUCCUCAAGGACUGUCCCACGGGCCACCUGACCGUGGAGGAGUUCAAGAAGAUCUAUGCCAACUUCUUCCCCUACGGAGACGCCUCAAAGUUUGCUGAGCAUGUCUUUCGCACGUUCGACACCAAUGGUGACGCCACCAUUGACUUCAGGGAGUUCAUCAUUGCCCUAAGUGUGACAUCACGCGGCGGGCUCGAGCAGAAGCUGCGCUGGGCCUUCAGCAUGUAUGACCUGGACGGGAACGGGUACAUCAGCCGGGCAGAGAUGCUUGAGAUAGUUCAGGCAAUUUACAAGAUGGUGUCGUCAGUGAUGAAGAUGCCGGAGGAUGAAUCAACACCUGAGAAAAGGACAGAUAAAAUCUUCAGACAGAUGGACAUUGACAAUGAUGGUAGAUUGUCUUUGGAGGAGUUCAUUAAAGGUGCCAAGAGCGACCCGUCCAUUGUCAGACUGCUGCAGUCGGAUCAGGGAGCCUCUCGUCAGUUCUGAGGACAGAGACAAUAAUAGACACACACACACAAACACACACUCUCUAUUACACAUGCACACCCACGUCCAUCCAGUUUUACGCUGUUCACCUGAUAGAGGCUCGGUCAUCCUCACAACCCCGCCCCCCCCUUCCCUUGCCAGACAACCCUUUCAUUUUAUGAGCACUCCAUUGUCUUAAUGUUUACAAUAAUGGAUGAUUCUCUUUUGUCAAUGUGGCGCCUUCUCUGUGGACUAUGACGUGCUUUUCGUUGAGGUAUUCUGUGUAUUUGCUUUUUCCCAAAGCUCCCCUGCCUUGAAAUGGUUUUUAACUGUUCUCCAUAAGUGAAGUGCCAUAUCAUAUAUUUAUACUGACUGGAUUAUAUGCUUGCAAGUAUUAAGACUCCCAUUAUGUUACACUAAGAGGAAACUAAUUACAUCACUUGGUAUAAUUUGAUUGGACUUUACUGUGUUGACAAGUGGCUUACUGUUGUUCAGGUUAUCAACAGAUUAACACGUUGUUACUCUGAACAAGCUCUAUAUGCCUUUGGUAUUGCAUGCGCUCAGUUGUAUGCAUUUUCUGUUAUUGUAACAGUUUACGUGAAUACGGAGGCGGUGAUUGUUUUUAUUCCUUUUUAUUUUUGUAACAAAAACGUCAUUUUGUUUUCACACAAUUGAAAUAAAGUCGUGUAAGAAAAAUCUACACAAGAAGUCCCACAGUAUCCCCUUG